AUGCUCCGUAAUGCCGUAGGUAUACGCGUAGUAUGUGUAACCACACGCAGUAUAACAUUUCCCACGCGUAGGCGAGUACAAUACCACUUCACUUCUUUUACAGUACGCAUGACAUCUGUUCGCAAGGUUUCUGAGCUCAAGCUCGACAUCGAGAAGGCGGUUAAGCGUGAGGGGACAUUUGACGUUGUCAGAAAACAAGCUUUUGCUAUUGUCAAUUCCGAUGGGUUCCUUGAUGAGCUGCAGAAGAGGGUUGCUGUUGAUAUCCGUAAUAUGGUACGAUGCAAUCCAGAGCGUUUAUCUAAAGAUGAUCUGAGAAGUAUGAUCAGACAUCACCUACGAACUAAAUAUGUCCCUGAAAUAGCCGAGAAAGUAAACUCCUCAGUAGACAGAGAGUGGUUGAAGUCACAGUUAGCAAACAACGUCAAGGAUAAGGUCGAUAAGGCACUCAUGGUCCAAUCCGUUAUGGAGGGAAAAGUUCCCGUAGAGGCCUUUGAUUUUGGACAAUUUGUCAGCUCAGCGACUUCCAGUCGCGAUUCUAGUAGCGAUGACUUUGUAGAGAACUCUUGUUCGGAUAUGUCCGUCUCUGAUAUGGCUUCUGAAGCCUCGUUUGUUGAUGUCAUGAACUAG